AUGGAAGUGAAUGUGACUCAGUGGGAGGUCCAGGCAUUGACAGACCACACUUAUGCCUCAGGGGAUAAAAUAAUGUCACACAAGGCAACACAGUACCACAGUGAAGAUCCCUUAGCCCUUUUCAUUCUCAAGAAUGAUACUAGCUCUUUACUGUACACUGGCUUCACACUUAGUGUCUUUAAAGAACAUGUUAAAUUUCUCCGGAAGUUCUACACUUUGAAGUUUAAGAUGCAGUAAUAUCAAAUUCUGAUAACCAUGAUGAAGCUGAAGUUGAAUUUACUUCAGGGCGAUCUUGCUGAACGCUUUGAUGUGUCCCAGAGUGCAGUAAGCCAAAUUCUUUCCUACUGGAUUGACACAAUGGAGGAGCACACAAGAGUCUACAUUCCAUGGCUACCACGGGAAACAAUCCGCAGCACAAUGCCUCAAUGCUUUAAGGAAAACUUCCCGAACACCACCUGCAUUAUUGACUGCUUUGAAACAACUCUGCAAAAAGCACACAAUCUGGACUCCAGAGGGGAGUCGUACAGUCAUUAUUAUUCAAACAAUACUCUGAAGUAUUUAGUUGCCAUUGCCCCCUGUGGACUCAUUAUGUUCAUCUCCCCUGCUUAUGAGGGAAGAUGCAGUGACAAGUUCAUUACCCAAGAAUCUGGCUUUCUGGACUAUCUCCAGCCGGGUGACGAAGUGAUGGCAGACAGAGGCUUUACCAUUCGUGAUUUGCUGUUUGAGAGAGAGGUAAACCUUAUCUUGCCAGCAUUUACUCAUAAAGGUGGACAGUUGUCUGACGAGGAUGUUACAGGCACAAGGAGGAUCGCAAAUGUUUGUAUACGUGUGGAAAGAGUUAUUUGA